ACCGAAGAGUAAAACUCGCUCUCUCUUUCUCUUUUAUAAACACAUAUUUUCUGCUCCCCUGAAAUUCCUCCCGCAACGCACAGUUCUGCUUCCUCUGUUUCUCAAAUAUCAUCCUCCUCUUCAAUUAUGGAUUCCCAAAGCAUCAAACACCGUACCAAAGACCCUCACCAAUCCGACACCCCCAAGGAAACUGACAUGAGGACUUAUAGUAGGCGAGACAAGAGGAUGGCUAUGGCCAAACGAGGCAUCAGAUCAUUAGCUAUAGCUGUUGCUUUUCCUCUUUCUCUAACCCUCUUCAACAUCUAUUUUUUCGGCUCUAGGAAUGGCUACGGUCCCAUUUCUACCAAACCUUUCUGGUUCCCGCCUAUGUGGGCUCUCCAUUUUACGUGCUUGGCUUCGAGUUUCUUAAUGGGUCUCUCUGCGUGGCUUGUUUGGGCUGAAGGAGGAUUUCAUAAGAAGCCUGCGGCUCUUUCUUUUUACUUGGCUCAGCUUGGUUUGGGUUUAAUAUGGGAUCCUAUCGUUUUUCGUAUGGAUGCUACUUGGGUUGGUUUGGUCGUCUGCUUGGCUAUGUUUGGAUCUCUUGUUGGCUGCUCUCGUCAGUUUAAAGAGGUGAAUCCCAUUGCUGGAGAUUUGGUUAAGCCUUCUUUGACUUGGGCUGCAUUUUUAGCCAUUGUAAAUCUUAAGCUCGUUUUUCUUUGAAUUAUACAGAAGAUGAGGAUAGUUAAUAGUGCUUCGUUAAGACUCGUUACAUUUUGGUUUUAUUUCGCUUAGUGUUGGAUACUUGAUCAGGUACAUGAAUGCAGGAGAUCAUUGAUCUUGUAAAAGGUUUCUUUUCUUUUCUUUUCUUCUUUUCUCUUUUGAAAGAUCUUUUCCUCUUUUCUUCUCGGUUUCUACUUGUUAUGUCCGUCCGUGUACAUGGUAUAUAUUGGUACUGUGGAUUUGUCACGUCUUAUUGUAAAAAGGUCUUAGAAAUGUUUAUAAGGUUUGAAUCUUAUCUUAGAAACGUUAUAAAAGCUUGGAAAGACAUUAUUCAUUUUGUAA